AUGGAAGACACAGUGAUCCCGCUAUUCUUCAAUUCUUACCUUUAUCUGCCAAAAGAUCCCCAUAUCCGAAAUGGCUUUAUGGAGAUUUUGCCCGAGAUGUAUUCCAAUGCUGCCAUUGGGUCACCUCUGCACACCAGCACCUUAGCCAUCGCUUAUUUCACGGUGGCAGCUUGGACCGGACAAGAAUCAUUGAUUCGUGCUUCGCAACGAUGUUUCAUGCAGACUUUACCAAAGAUCAGAGCGACGUUACUUUCUGAUGAUGAUAAUGAAUACCAUCGCAUUCUCAUGUCGAUUCUUAUGCUGUCACUCUAUGAGGAGUUUGUGGCUUUUAGAGAAUGGGGAAACCCGGGAAAAGCCCAUUUGAAAGGCGCCAUAGCACUUGUCAAUAGUCGGAGACCCGAAAAGGUUCGAGAUCCUUCAUCCUCCACUCUCCACAAUGCUGUUCAAGCUCAAAUUAUUAAAACCAGCCGCGGGCUGGACACUCCAAUGGUACCAAUACCAGAAGUCUGGCCACUAUCCCCACCAAAAGAGGCCUUCUCUCCUCGCGUUUUUCUUUCCACUGCAGCUUCAGAAAUCGUAAGCCUGCGCAAAUCAUGGGAGAAGCUAAAAACCAAAGUACCCACCGAGGCCGAAAUCACAUCAGUUCUCAACAAAGCAACACAAAUAGACAUUAAGCUUGUUUCGUGGACAUAUCGGAUUCCAGAAAACUGGAACUUUGUUGCCGCAAGCAUAAUACCUCAAUCUGUCCGGGAUGCUGGGCUUUACCUCAACCACUGCGACUGUUACUCAGAUAUGUGGAUUGCUUCCACGUGGAAUACCUAUCGCGAUUGCCGGAUCCUGGUGCAAUGUAUCAUGCUCAACUGUCUCCGUCUUUUGCCCCCUCACGAUCUCGACGGAAUAAAAUCAGCCGCAAUACACUCAACCAUCAGCAAGAUGGCCGAUGAGAUUUGUGGAACUGUGCCAUACUACUUAGGUAGUCAGCUGGAAUCUGUACGCUUGAAACAGGGUCACAUCACGUAUCCGUUUGCCGAGACACGACCCGUUACCACAACACAUAAACAGUCAGCGCCCUUGAUGGGUCCUUGGCAUAUCAUGUUAUUCUUGCGGAAUCUUCUGGUCCCGGGGCUGGAUUUACCACCGGAGCAGACUAGGUGGGUGGAAGAGCAGGUAAAUCGAGUUAUGGUCAUUUACUUCCAACGGUAA